GAUAUCUGAACGUGACUCCGCGAGAGUUCGUCAGUUAAGAUGUCUGCUCGAAACGCUUUUGGAAAAUUUGGCAAAUUGUUGCUAAAAAACUGUGUGAAUAACCGCAAUUUUAGCAAAUGUUCAUGUCGUUUAUAUUCAGCUAGUUCUGCAGACCAGGGAAAGGAAUAUGAUGUGGUCAUUGUUGGAGGAGGUAUUGUUGGCAUGGCAACUGCCAGGGAGCUCAUCCUCAGACAUCCAACUCUCUCAUUUGCUGUAGUGGAGAAAGAAAACAGACUGGCUGCCCACCAAAGUGGCAACAACAGUGGAGUAAUUCAUGCAGGAAUAUACUACACACCAGGUUCACUGAAAGCCAAACUGUGUGUAGAGGGGCUAGAAUUGAUGUAUGAUUACUGUGAUAAAAAUAAUGUACCAUAUAAUAAAUGCGGAAAGUUGAUAGUGGCUACAGAACCUGAAGAAAUACCAAGACUUGAAGCCUUACUAGAAAGAGGUAAUGAGAAUGGUGUCAAAGAUCUACGUAUGAUUGAUGGAAGUGAAAUCAAAGAGAUAGAACCGAACUGUGUUGGUUUGAAGGCUGUACAUUCUCCACACACUGGUAUCAUAGAUUAUGGUCUUGUGACACAGUCAUACGGAGAUUUCUUUAAAAAGCGGGGUGGUCACAUAUACACAGAUUUCUCAGUGUCACAAUUAUCCAUAACUCCUGAAGGGAAGUCAGGAGAUUUAGAUGGCAACAAAUAUCCAAUGACAGUAGUUGGAGACCGUAGUCAGAAUCAAGUAUUACAGUGUAGAUAUGUGGUCACAUGUUGUGGGUUACAGUCUGAUCGUAUAGCAGAGUUGUCAGGCUGUAACAGAGAACCCAGAAUUGUUCCAUUUAGGGGAGAUUACCUCCUUCUUAAACCUGAGAAAAAUGAUAUGGUUAGAGGCAACAUAUAUCCAGUACCAAAUCCAGCGCUUCCCUUUCUAGGAGUACAUUUCACACCGAGGAUGGAUGGAAGUGUGUGGCUCGGUCCUACAGCAGUUCUAGCAUUUAAGAGGGAAGGCUAUAAUCUGAUAGAUUUUAAUGUCAGGGAUACAGUAGAUGCUCUAAAAUUCAGGGGAACUAGAAAGCUGGCUUUCAAACAUUUUACAUUUGGACUGAGUGAGAUGCGGAGAGCAUUUUUCAUGUCUGCCCAGGUAAAACAACUUCAGAGGUUUAUACCUACAUUGAAACGAGAAGAUGUCAUCAGGGGACCAGCAGGUGUUCGUGCUCAGGCGUUGAAUAGAGAAGGUGCUCUGGUGGAUGACUUUGUGUUUGAUCAAGGAGAAGGAGAUAUAGGAAGCAGGAUAUUGCACAUCAGGAAUUCCCCGUCACCGGCGGCUACAUCGUCACUCUCCAUAGCUAAUAUGGUGGUGGAUAAAGUUGAUAAAACUUUUCAAUUGUGAUACAAAUUUUACUUAGAAAAUUGUUGGUGUUAGUCUUAUGGUGCUUUUUUGAAAUAUUGGAUAUGAAUUAAUGAUAUGGUUAUUAUGAGGUUUUGCAAUUGAAUAAUACAUGUAUUUGCAAAUGAGUUAAUUGUGUGAUUUUUAAGGGGUUUUGCUUUUAUUUGGGAUAUUUUGAUUUUGAUAAAAUUAUUAUUUGAAUGUCUCACAACAAAAAUUACUUCAUGCAGAGAUGCAAGUUUUUGGGUCUUACUAGAAUCUUAAAUAGUGUCCAACAAAUAUAUAAUCUGACUGGUAGCCCUUGCUGCUCUGUCAUCGCAUAGUCCAUUGACUCAUCAGCAAGAAUUGUCAGGAACCUACAGUUUUCAAUGUUUGUUGAUGUUUGAAGGUAUUGUUGUUCAGCUAUGCUCAUCAAGAACAGCUUGGCAGAAUUUUCUUUAAGGUAGUUCAUCCUAUGUCCAUAUAAUCCUCACCAAUGUCGCAUCUAUUCUUGACACUGUAACUCCAUGUGUAUCUUGUAGUCACUGAGCGGCUUUCCCUUUUUUGCCAGAGCAUACACAGUAUUGAACAUUACUUUCAACACAUUCAUUUUAAUUUGCACUUUUCUGGACAGCUUUGAUAACUGGACUGCUUUUAACAAGUUGUGUCCUUUCCACAUCUGACAUAACAUCUGUCUUUUUCUGAUCUGUUGUUUUGUUGUGACCGGUAGAUAUUUCAUGUUUCUUAAGGCUCAACUCUCAUAUUUGAACAUCCAGUGAACAAGUUAGAUGAUUUGUCCGCAAUCUCUGGGUACAUCCUACAUGUGGCACAGAACAUUACACCAGGGUUGGUAUCAUCAGAGUCGGGUACAUGCUCAACCCAUGGGUAUGUUAUUUUCAAUGAGGGCUGAAACUUCCGGACACGUUCAGUCUUAUCGUACUCCUUAUCACAGAAUUUCUUUGGUUUUGGAGUCUCUGUCUCAUUAUUUCUCUUACGCUUUUGUGAACUAGCACUGACAGAUGGCACACAAGCAUUCACAGACGGUUUCUGUCUAGCUGGUCGUAUAACGAAUCGAUCCAUUGUGAUCAGACACUAGACACUCAGAAUAAGUCUCCAAGUCUAAUACAUUCUUAAUUAAUCUUUCAAUAAAUUAACUAAGUUCCAGACACUUAAUCUAAUGCAUUGAAUAAUUCAAUCCGUGUAAUUACUUGUGUAUAUGUAUUGCCAAUAUUCGUAUGAUAAUUGAUAAGUUAAUAAACAUCAAGGUGGAACAUGCUCACUAAUGAAGUUUUGUAGCGAAAAUGACAUAGAAUUGAUAUGUUUUUCACGUUACAAACAACUGGUCAGUGCUAAUUUAAUUCCAAUGACAUGGCCUAAUUACCACCCAAUUACAGGUACCUACCUUUAUUAUCAAUGCCAUUCCUCUUCUCACACUUCCAAAGAACACAGUCUAAAGAAAUCCGCUUAAUACAAAAGACUCGUGUAAUAAAUUGACAGUCUUUCAUGUUUACGUGUUUUCAUAUAUGCUGACAGCUAUGUUACUAAUGACGCAUUUUACGAUGGUUCCCAGUCUCUGAACUAUCGAAGCAGUGAAAGCGUGGUACCAGUCAUAGCCAAUUGUCAAUAAUGUACGAGGGGGCCCAAUUGAAUAAUAGAAAUUUUGACUGGUACCUUGUUAAGUUUGGUCCAUUUUCAUUAGUCGAGCGGGGACCAGAUAAGUAGUGUUAAAUUCUAUACGGUUGCGUCCGCUUUACAUAUUUGAUACGCGUAGGUGGAGACUGUUUCUGCAGCUACGUUGACCGGGCUACUGAUGCUUUAAAUUUAUGGUUGCCCGGUGGGCUUAUGUCAGGAUUUUUUUGGUAGCCCAACGAAUAUUUCUGAUAGCGCACGGGCUCUGGUCAAUUGAUUUGUCGGACACUGCUAUAUUUUACAGCUUUGUAUCUCCAAGUAAUGCUUUAUUCUUGGGACGUUAGAUUUAGUGCUACCUCUUUUCACCAAGGAGUCUCUCAAAUCUGUUUACAUAGCUUAAAUGAAAUCUUCAUAAGAAUUAGUAGCAUAGUUUUUAGCUCACCUGUCACAUAGUGACAAGGUGAGCUUUUGUGAUCACCCUUCGUCCGUCGUCCGACGUCAGUCCGUGCGUGCAUCAACAAUUUCUUGUCUGCGCAAUAGUGGUUUCAUUUAUGAUUUUAUUUUAACCCUUUACUCCAUAGAUACUCGUUUUAACGCAUCUAUGCAUUACUCCAUAGAUACUCGUUUUAACGCAUCUAUGCAUUACUCCAUAGAUACUCCUUUUAUCGCAUUCUACUACACUGAUAGUUUAAAUGCAAAAUACCAAUAAAAUAUAUUGGCAAUGAAGCCCACAAAAGCAUAUUUGUGAAGUUUAAACUGUUAAUAAAAGAUCAGUUUCAGAAAAACUUGUGGUUAUAAUUGUAAUUUAUUGAUAAUUAUCACUUUUAAUUCAGGUGGCAUUUUCUGAAAAUCUCACUGACUUUAUAUAUAUUAGGACAGCUAUUGAUGGAUGGAAAAGUAUAUAGGUGACCCAAAAACUAAGUUAUUAUUUGCAUUCUAUCAUUCAACUAUGGCAAAUUAUGUAAAAGUGAGACAUAAGAUUGGUGUAAUAAAAGGUGUGGUUACCAUAACAACCAUUAAAAUCCAUAGAUCACUUGUCAACAUUAUGGAAUUUAUGCUAAUUGAUCUGGGCCCCUUGGAAGUGUGUUUAUUGUGCACAGCUGUCAAAACAAAGCAAUUAGGGUGUUGUUUGCAUCAUUAUUUAUGAUGUGGAUCAACAAAUUUUAUAGAAAGUGUCUUUGAUCAGUGCUUCUUAUCAAAACAUUAUGUAAUUAAUUAAUUUUAUGAUCUAUGAAGUUCUGUAAGUUUGGUAGGGGUGUAGAUUUUAAUGAUUAAUUAAAUGGGUUUGCUUAAUUUUGAAAAUCACUUAAUAUAGACCUUUCUAGUCUUUCAUUUACCUUCAAUUAAUAAAAUUGUGCAUUUGUACCAGUAAAAAUAUUUCUUUUCUAUUGUAUCACAUGCAUAAAACAGCUAAAUUAUAAUAAUAUUCUAAGGUCUUAGGUUUGUAGCUUUCUAUUGUGAAAAAUAUUUAUCACAAAAUUAUGAAAAAUAUACCAUCAGAAAGGAAAUUUAAUUCUAAAAAUAAAUUAUGUUGGACACUAAAUGGUUAAAACAAGUAUUCAUAGACUAAUUUUGAUCUGAGUAACACAGGUAUAAAUUUUGCAUUUUUCUCCAAUAACCUGUAUGGAGAUAGUGUACAGAUAAUGCAACUAUCAAUAAUCAAUACUAUUGUAUCUGUAUGGAGUAAAGGGUUAACCAAACUUGCACACAACUUGUAUCACCAUAAGAUCACGGUUCCUUUCUUGAACUGGCCAGAUCCCAUUAUGGGUUCCAGAGUUAUGGCCCCUGAAAGGGCCAAAAUUAGCUAUUUUGACCUUGUCUGCACAAUAGCAGCUUUAUUUAUGAUUUGAUUUUUACCAAACUUGCACACAACUUGUAUCACCAUAAGAUCUUGGUUCCUUUCUUGAACUGGCCAGAUUCCGUUAUGGGUUCCAGAGUUAUGGCCCCUGAAAGGGCCAGAAUUAGCUAUUUUGACCUUGUCUGCACAAUAGCAGCUUCAUUUAUGAUUUUAUUUUAACCAAACUUGCACACAACUUGUAUCACCAUAAGAUCUUGGUUCCUUUCUUGAACUGGCCAGAUCCCAUUAUGGGUUCCAGAGUUAUGGCUCCUGAAAGGGCCAAAAUUAGCUAUUUUGACCUUGUCUGCACAAUAGCAGCUUCAUUUAUGAUUUGAAUUUAAUCAAACUUGCACAAAACUUGUGUCACCAUAAGAUCUCGGUUCCUUUCUUGAACCGGCCAGAUCCCAUAAGGGGUUCCAGAGUUAUGGCCCCUGAAAGGGCCAAAAUUAGCUAUUUUGACCUUGUCUGCACAAUAGCAGCUUCAUUUAUGAUUUGAUUUUAACCAAACUUGCACACAACUUGUAUCACCACAAGAUCUUGCUUCCUUUCUUGAACUGGCCAGAUUCCAUCAUGGGUUCCAGAGUUAUGGCCCCUUAAAGGUCCAAAAAUGGCUAUUUUGGCUUUUGCAGCCAUAUAGAGACUUCAUUUAUGGUUUUAUUUGAUACAAACUUCCAAAAUAUCUUCAACAACAAUAAAUCUUGGAUUCCAUGACAAAUCAGAUCCAGUCAUAGGUUCCAGAGUUAUUUUAUAUCUGAUUACCUCCCCCGAUUGUAAUCAAAAUGGAUUUAUAUCAGUAAGUACUUACAGGACUUAUUUGAAAUUUCAUAAUUGUUAUUAGUUGGACUGAGACAAUCAGGGUAGAUAACUAUGGACUGAUUUUAUGUCAAAUUACCUCCCUUUAUUUCAAAUUAAAAUUGUUAAUAUCUCCAUAACUAAUGAAGAUACUGAUCUGAAAUUUCAUUUAUGUCAACGGAUUUAUUUGGUAGAUCCUUCUUUUGUCCACUUACAAUAUUUUUUUUUAAUUACUUCCCUUUUACGUUACUAUAAAUAGCUUAUUUUUAGUAACUUUUUUAUUAUUGGCCAUAGGGAAAACACGAGACCAGUUUUCUGUGGUACAACAUGGAUGGUACCUCCAAUUUUUAGGUGUAUUUUAACAUAUCUAUACCUUGUAAGAUUUUUUUUUCUUUUUGGUUAAAUUUCUUCCCUUUGUUGUUCCUGUCCUUUGGACUUAGAUAUUUUUUCUGAGGACCUUCUUGUCCUCAAGUGCAAUGAUAACAGGUGAGUGAUAUAGGGCCAUCAUGGCCCUCUUGUUUUUAUAUUCUUUUGAACUUUUGAUAUUAUUCUAUCUUGUGUGACGUUGAAUGAUAAGAGACUAUGUUUGUUUAUUUCAGAUAUGUACAAAAAUCACAAAAGUUACUAUAAUUUUGCAUUACAUUGGCUUGUUUAGCCCUAGUAGACCAACUGUUCUUAAAGUUUGGUAAAUACACAGUAUAUUAUAAAGGUAUAUACUAGCUUACUUGAUUUGUAAAUUAGUCUGAUGUUUCUGUUUUUGGUGAUCACAAAAUUUUGUACCAAAUACUGUAAAUCAAACUAUAAGUCAUUCUACAUUUGAAAUAUUUUUAUCUUUAUCAUGGUUAUUGUAACAAAAUGAACUGUUAGUUAUUUUAUGUGUUCAUUUCUUGUUUACUUAUUUCUUGUUAAUGGCCAUUCCAUACCACAUUUGUUAAUUAAUGAAGAGGUAUUGUGAUUGUGUUGUGUCUGUUACAUGUCUGUCCAUGAUUGCAGUGACUUUUUCGGUUGACUGUUUAUGCUGCCUCUAUUGGCAUUGCUUUCAGAUGUAUGUUCUAAGUGCGUGUUUUUGGAUUAUUUGGUCCAUACUUUUGUUACUUUAGGCUAGAUAUCUGUGAUAUUGUUAAGCUUUAAUGCAUUAAUUUAAGUUUGUUUUCUUUAUGUGUAUACAUAUUACUAUAUUGACUUCGAAUUACACAAAUCUAUUCUGUGUCACAUUACAGUCAGACUUCGUUCACUCAAACUCAACAGGACCUGCAAAACUUGUUCCAGUUAUUGGUAGUUGGAGCUGUCAGAAAUUAUACAUUAUAUAGGGAUUUUGCAAGGACCUGACAAUGAGUUCAUGCAAAGAUGGUUAAAAUUUUCCGAGUUCAAGUGAAUGAAAUUCCACUGUAUUUACCUAAUGAUUAAAAUGUAAGCAGGUUUUACAAUGAACUUUCUAAGCAUAGACUGUUUUUACUGUUUGAUAAUAUACGUAUACAUGUUUUACUGGUGUUUAAAAAAUAGCAGCACACAGCUUCAUUAGGCCAGUAUGUCUGACAUUAGAGAGCUUUUGUCUUUUCUUUCAGAUUGUACUGUGUGUAUCAAGACAGUUACUAUGUAUAUCUAGACAAUUAUAUAAUCAGUGUUUGUUAAAAAAAAAUAUUGAUGAAAAUAUUAUUGAGAUGUUUAAUUUUUUUUAUCGAAAAACUGUAAGUGCAGAUUUAAUUGUCGCAUUUUCAGAUAUUUAAAACAAUCAUGAUGAAAAUUUUGAUGUUUAAUUAUUCAAGAGGAUCACUGUGAAGAUUUUAGGAUUGGUUUAAGAGAAUUCUUAGAAAAUAUUGUAGCAGCUGGGCACUAGGGAAAAGGUGAUGUUAAACAGAAGCAUGAGGUAUUGGAAUAAACUUGACAAAUACA